GGGGCUUAUCAGGUGAUGUCAUCCGGGCGCCAAGGCCAGCGUACCCGCCCACGUUAGCGUUCAGAGCGAACGUGGAGCGCUCGGCGAUGGCGGCCGCCGAUUCAGUUUUGGGGUCAUUGGUAACGGAUCUGUACGACGUGCAGGCUUUCAAGUUUGGACACUUCGUGCUGAAGAGCGGGCUCUCUUCCCCGGUGUACAUCGAUCUGCGGGGUAUCGUGUCUCGACCACGUCUUCUGAGUCAGGUUGCAGAAAUUUUAUUCCAAACUGCCCAAAAUGCAGGGAUCAAAUUUGACACUGUGUGUGGAGUACCUUAUACAGCUUUACCAUUAGCUACAAUUAUCUGUUCAACCAACCAAAUUCCAAUGCUUAUUAGAAGAAAAGAAACAAAGGAUUAUGGUACUAAGCGUCUUGUAGAAGGAGCUGUUAAUCCAGGAGAAGCCUGUUUGAUCAUUGAAGAUGUCAUUACUAGUGGAUCUAGUGUUUUGGAGACGGUGGAGGUUCUUCAGAAGGAGGGCUUGCAGGUCACCGACGCUGUGGUGCUGCUGGACAGAGAGCAGGGAGGCAGGGACAAGUUGCAGGCACAUGGCAUCCGUCUCCACUCAGUGUGUACAUUGUCCAAAAUGCUGGCGAUUCUUGAGCAACAGGAAAAAAUCGAUGCUGAGAUGGUCGAGAGAGUGAAGAGAUUUAUUCAGGAGAAUGUUUUUGUGGCAGCUGAUCAUAAUGGUUCUCUCCCUUCUGUAAAGAAAGCACCCAAAGAACUCAGCUUUGGUGCACGUGCAGAGCUGCCCAGGAUCCACCCAGUUGCAUCGAAGCUUCUCAGGCUUAUGCAAAAAAAAGAGACCAAUCUGUGUGUGUCUGCUGAUAUUUCAGAGUCCAGAGAGCUGUUGCAGCUCGCCGAUGCUUUAGGGCCCAGCAUCUGCAUGCUCAAGACUCAUGUUGAUAUUUUGAAUGAUUUUACUCUGGAUGUGAUGGAGGAGUUAACAACUCUGGCAAAACGCCAUGAGUUCUUAAUAUUUGAAGACCGGAAAUUUGCAGAUAUAGGAAACACAGUAAAAAAGCAGUAUGAAGGUGGUGUCUUUAAAAUAGCUUCUUGGGCAGAUGUAGUCAAUGCUCACGCAGUGCCCGGCCCAGGAGUGGUGAAAGGGCUGCAAGAAGUAGGCCUGCCUCUGCGCCGGGCCUGUCUGCUCAUUGCGGAAAUGAGCUCCGCGGGCUCCUUGGCCACCGGGAACUACACGAAAGCAGCGGUUAGAAUGGCUGAGGAGCAUUCUGAAUUUGUGAUUGGCUUUAUUUCUGGCUCCCGAGUAAGCAUGAAACCAGAAUUUCUUCACUUAACUCCAGGAGUUCAAUUAGAAGCAGGAGGGGACAAUCUCGGCCAACAGUACAAUAGCCCACAAGAAGUUAUUGGCAAACGAGGUUCUGAUAUCAUCAUUGUAGGUCGCGGCAUAAUAACAUCCGCUAAUCGUCUGCAAGCAGCUGAGAUGUACAGAAAAGCUGCCUGGGAGGCUUAUUUGAGUCGACUUGGCGUUUGAGUGUCUCAGGUACAUUUUGUGAAGGCCUUGAAGACCCAUGGCCUCCUGAAAAGCCCUGGCUAGAGAUGAAUAAGCAGCCUUCAAUACUGCUUGGAUUCCACCAAGGGUCGUGUGUUGGAAUGACUUCUGGAAUUAUCAGUGUUUAGGAAAUAUUGGACAGCUUGUAAUCACUGCAUUAUCGCUAUAGUAAGUUCCUUUUCAAGCCUGCAUUUAGGGAGACUGAUGCUGGUUAGACGAUCACAGUCCUGUGUUAAGGUCUUCCACAUUUGAGGAUCCCCCGUCCCCCUCUCUAGGCCAGACUUUUUGAUUUUUAAUUGCCAUGACAUGAAAAUUUUAGGACAUCAAGAAGCUAAAACCAGUACA